CCUUACACUCCUCCAUUCUCGAUACUUUUUUCAAUUCACAGGAUCUCUUCGAAAUCUCCACCGCCUUACAAUCUUCCAAAGCCUAAAUUGGAUUCACAUUGUCGUAUGCGAUCCAUUGUUUGAUGAACGUAACCCUACUUGAACGAAAUUCCGCCUACGCCUUUUUGAUUUUUUGAUUUUUUUUUUGAAGUUGCUUGACCGCCCCGCCGGUGGUGGGGAAUGACGGAGGCGCAGCCAACGGAGAACGGCGGAGGGAUGGCGGCGGCAUAUGAGCAAAUCGGUACAAAGCGUCAGCGACGGCCUAGCGUCAGGUUGGGCGACAUCGGCGGGAAUCAUACCUCCUCUUAUGAGCAUCGCAGAGUUAAGGCGCCAUGGAAGGACUCGUCCAGCAAGGCCGCUUCCAAGACUCGGCAUCUCACCAACUUUUCAAGUAACGAAACCCUAACCCUCGCUGAUAACAAUGCCAAUGAUAAUACUGGUAGAAAUGCGAACAAAAAGAUUAGUAAUAAUGUGGAUGAGGAUGACGAUAGAGAUGAUAAUUUAGAUAGUGUUGCGAUUGGUAGCUGGAAGGUUAGGGAUUUGAAAUCUAAAAGAGGUGCGACGACUAAGAGAGUGAGGUCCAAUUGGGUUUCCAACUCCAAAGCCAAUGAGAGUGAUGGGGAUGAUAAGUUAAUUAGUGGUAGCCGGGAAGAGGUGGAGAAUAAUGAUGAAAUUUGUCCUGAUUCUGAAACUGAGGAUUCAGAACACACCCCACUUCAUCCGUUGGAUAACAAUAAGAAUAACACUAACGCAGGCAUGGGUGAUGAUGCCAGAGGAAUUGGGAAUUUGACUAGUAGGAGGAUGACUAGGGUUUCAGAGGAGGGGCCAAGUGAUACUGAACUCAGGAACUGGAACUACUCAUCUGAGAGAAAUGGGGUGAAAGUAUGGCUGAAUCAGUUAGGACUUGGGAGGUAUGCUCCUUUGUUUGAGAUUCAUGAGGUUGACGACGAGGUUUUGCCAAUGCUGACCUUGGAGGAUCUUAAGGAUAUGGGGAUCAAAGCGGUUGGUUCUCGGAGGAAAAUGUACUGUGCCAUUCAGAAACUUAAUAAAGGGUUCUCCUAGAAGCCUAAAUUGAAGCAGCUACUAUGUCUGUUGGCCAUCCAUUGUGAGGCUUUUGGCUGCAGGUGAAGCAUAACCUGGAUCAUUGAUGAGAUGGCCUUGGAGCUGAGAGUUACUUUAGCUGUCUAGCUUAUUGAUUUUGCAAAUGUUUUUUUCUUUUUUUUUUUUGGGUUUAUUUUUAUUUUUUAAAAAUUUAAGCUAUGCAAUUUUGGUCUACUAA